AUGUUGGGUGGCGAGACACAGAAAACACUUUGUAUUGGUCUCAUUGUAUCAGUUCUGGUCUUCCGAACACCGCCUGAUAGCAUUCAUGUUUGUCUAGACUCUGGGUUGGAGGGCAUUAUCAAGCAAGAAUAUCUGGUUGAUGAUACACCCGGUGCCGAGAAGCCCGUCAAGGGCAAAAUGACACAAGGAGUCAUCAUUGAUGUCAGAAUUGAUCAUGAAAACAACAUUUAUGAAGUUGAAUUGUCUUCACAUUGGAGUGAUCACGAGAAGGAUUUGGACAUCCUGGCUUGGAAACAGAGAGCUGAAGUCACAAAAACACGUCGUAUCAUCAAGCAUCCUAAUUUCCACAACUUCAACACCUCUCAGGCAGAACAGUAUCUGGAUGGUCAACAGCGUGGGGAUGUUGUCAUACAACCGUCUUCCAAGGGCAUCGACCACCUAGCAGUAACCUGGAAAGUGGAUGACAAGUUGUACCAGCAUAUUGAUAUAACUGAAAAGGGCUACGGUCCUACCGGACAGAGUUUGGACACUCAGUUUGUCGUCGAUGCUAGCCAUACCUAUAUCGAUCUUGAUGAAUUAAUUGUCAGACACGUAAAUGCAAUGAGUUGA